GCCCGAGAAAAAUUCUAAGAUUAUAAUUUUUUUUUAAAUAAAAUAAAAUUGAAUCGCCGUAUUAAUUACUAACGCCGGGAAAGCGGUUGGAUAAUAUGGAUUAGUAGUUAAUAGUUUUAAUUAUGUAAUUAAUUAAUUAUUGUGAUUUAUUAAAAGGAAAAUAAUAAGUUGGAUUAUUUGAAAUUAGGGUAUUUGUUGAGGGAGAUCAGAUUAUGAUGGCGACGACGAAAGCUGAGUCGGCGUAUCCUAGCACGGCAAGGUUUUCUGAUUCUCAAUGUUAUCCUGAGUAUACUGCUUCGCUAAAAUGCCUUGAAAAAUCUAUGCCAGAAAAAUCAAAAUGUCAAGAGCAUUUUGAUGCUUACAAAGAGUGCAAGAAAAAAGAGAGGGAAGCUAGGCUCGAGCGCAAUCGGAGUAGGUCCCUCUUCUCGUGAUGAUGAUCAUUAGCUAAGUGCAAGCUAUUCAAAUCGAUCUUUUGUCUUGUAAUUUAUGUGUCAAAAUAUAUUCCUACAUAUACUUAUUUUAUCCCUUAUUUCAAGUGGUGGUUAUAUUAGAGAAUAUAUACUUUUAAAUAAAAACACUCUCUAAGCUUAUAAUAGCUAACACACAAACAAAAUUCCCCUUUUUUUUGUUAUCUUGAAUCUGAUGCUUUAUGCCACUAACUUCUUGUUAUUGGGUUCCAAUUAUUUCACCCAUGUUGGUAAUAACAGUAUAUGCCAUUUAUAUAUAUUUACAAGUUUUUUUUUUCAAUUGA